AGGUCACCCAGUUUCUGGUUCAGUCGAACUUCCAGGAUCCCUCAGGCGCUGCUCAGCGUAUUCUGACAUUAUUCAUCUUGGAUGGAUGUGUCAGAGACGAAGAACGUGAAGGAGGGCUUUGGGCUUUCCGAUAACAUCCGGGACGAAUAGACAUGUCUUCUGAUGGGAGGUGAUGACGCGCUGAUCCUCCUCUGCCUCUCAUUCUUCCUCACUGGUGUUCCUCAUUGAUCCAGGCUGUGCGGGGACGACGGAGCCCGCCUUCUCUCUUCUAUCCGCAAAAGGAAUCCCACAGAACCGAACCAAUACUGGACCUCCCCUGGCAGACAGAGGCGAGCCCCAGUUGUGGCCGGUGGGCAUGGUUUUGAAGGGCAGCUCAGAGGCUCUGUGUCCCCCCCCAUCUCUGGAGCUGCGCCCAUCCUGCAACAAGAGCCAGCCCUCACCUCCUCUGGGCUCCAGCUCACAACCACACGACGGAGUCAUUUCUGAGAACAAGGAACCCGUUAAGUACGGCGAGCUCAUCAUCUUGGGCCACAAUGGGUCGCUGGCAAGUGGUGACAAAGGUCGUAGAAGAAGUCGCCUUGCCCUUUAUAAGAGACCUAAAGCUAAUGGGGUCAAACCGGAUGUUAUCCACAAUGUCUCAACACCACUGGUGUCAAAGGCUCUCAGCAACAAAAGCCAGCACAGCAUCUCCUACACACUGUCACGGAGCCACUCUGUCAUUGUGGAGUACACACAUGACAUUAACACAGAUAUGUUUCAGAUUGGUCGAUCUACAGAGAGCAUGAUUGACUUUGUGGUCACGGACACAGCAGGCGGCGGCGGCAGUCAUGGAGGGGGUGCAGCAGGGGAGGGUGGUGGUGGAGGUCAGUCAGCCCAAAGUACCAUUUCUCGCUACGCCUGUCGCAUCAUGUGUGAACGAAGUGCUCCCUACACCGCCCGCAUCUAUGCUGCUGGCUUUGACUCCUCCAAAAAUAUCUUCCUAGGGGAACGGGCUGCCAAAUGGAGGACAUCGGACGGUUUGAUGGAUGGCCUUACCACCAAUGGGGUUUUGGUGAUGCACCCAGCUGGAGAGUUUGUGUCUGAACCAGCUCCUGGUGUCUGGAGGGAAAUCUCAGUCUGUGGCAACGUCUUCGCCUUGAGGGAGACCCGGUCAGCCCAGCAGAGGGGUAAACUGGUUGAAAAUGAGUCAAACACUCUCCAGGAUGGUUCUCUCAUCGAUCUGUGUGGGGCAACCCUGCUUUGGCGAACACCUGCUGGACUGCGCCAUAUUCCAACCCUCAAACAGCUGGAGUCCCUUCGGCAGGAGCUGAAUGCUGCUCGGCCCCAGUGUCCUGUGGGCUUCAAUACGCUGGCCUUCCCCAGCCUGGCACAGCGCGAGAUUGUAGACAAGAAGCAGCCUUGGGUCUAUGUCAACUGUGGCCAUGUGCAUGGAUACCACAACUGGGGUUAUCGCAAGGAGAGAGGGCCCAACAGUCCAGGGGGCACAGCACCAGCCGGCACUGGUGAGAGAGAGUGUCCCAUGUGCAGGAGAGUGGGGCCCUAUGUGCCUUUGUGGUUAGGUUGUGAAGGCGGAUUGUACUUGGAUGCUGGGCCCCCCACACAUGCUUUCUGUCCCUGUGGCCAUGUGUGCUCUGAAAAUACAGUGGUGGGAUGGAGCCAGAUCCCGUUGCCCCACGGCACGCAUGCCUUCCACGCUGCCUGUCCCUUCUGCGGUACCUGGCUGACGGGAGAGCAAGGCCACGUCAAACUCAUCUUCCAGGGCCCUGUCGACUGAGGCACAGACACACACAGGAGUCUGUCCGGUGAUGAACGAUUUCACUUAUUGACUGAUGACGAAGGACUGUGUUCUUGAGCAACAUGCGGUGAAUAAAGUACAGGAAGAUGACUCUUUACAUGAUAAAACUAAAAGCAAUAGUAGAUGCCAAGGCUUUGAAUGAAAGAGUUGUCUGGAAAAUAUGUAAAUAAAUAGUGUUGAAUUGAAA